AUGCGGCUCCUCCACACCUCCAAGAUCCAGCUCAUCGAGGUCUACGGCGAGCAGGUCCCGCCGUUCGACAAGACCAGGAGAUGCGCCGCCGUCGCACGGCGCGAAAACAUUCAAUACAUAUGGAUCGGCACGUGCUGCAUCGACAAGACUAGCAGCGCAGAGCUGUCCGAGGCCAUCAACUCCAUGUACCGAUGGUACAACAAGGACCAGAUAUGCUACGCUUAUCUGUGCGACGUGGAGCCUGUGGGUACUGAGGAUAUUUUUGGGAACGACUCUAGCUUUCGACUGAGCCGAUGGUUCACGCGCGGAUGGACCCUUCAGGAGCUCAUUGCGGCGCGCCAUGUACGGUUCUACGCCCGCGACUGGAGCUUUCUCGGCAGCAAGAAGCAAGGCGACGAGCAGGGUGACGGUGGUGACGACGACGACCAAGGACUGCCUGGCCGCUGA